AUGUGGACCUGGACCCCACCCAGACUCCUGGAACUGGCGGGAAAGAGCCUGCUGAGGGAUGAGGACUUGGCCAUCGCUGCUCUGGAAAACCUGCCCACAGAGCUCUUCCCGCCGCUGUUCAUGGCGGCCUAUGCUAGCGGGUGCAAUGAGACCCUGAAGGCGAUGGUGCAGGCCUGGCCCUUUGCCCGUCUCCCUCUGGGGGGCCUGGUGCAGAUGCCUGACCAGAGGACCCUACAAGCCGUGCUUGGUGGACUUGACCUUCUGCUUGCCCGGAAGGUUCGCCCCAGGAGGUGGAAACUGCGGGUGCUAGAUUUACGGAACACCAGUCAGAACUUCUGGAGCGUGUGGUCUGCAGCCACCACCCAUGAGUGCCUGUGGGUGGGGCCAGUGGCCGAGGACAGCUUAAGGAUGAAGGAGCCCUUGGGUCCCUUGGUGGUGUUCAUAGACCUUUGCCUCAGGCAUAAGGCGCUGGAUGAAGUCUUUGCCCACCUCAUUAGUUGGGCCACAAAGAGGAGAAAGUCACUACAGCUGUGCUGUAAGAAGGUGACGAUUUUCAGAAUGCCCAUCCAAAAUAUUAAGAAGGUCCUGAAUAAGGUGCAGCUGGACUGUAUCCUGGAGGUGGAGGUGAAGUUCACCUGGAAGCUGUCCACCCUGGGCACGUUUGCUUCUUACCUGGGCCAGAUGACUAAUCUUCAGAGGCUCGUUCUCUCCCACAUCCACGAGCCCUCCAAGGAGGAAAGGCAGCAGAUCACUAAGUUCACCUCCCAGCUCCUCCAGCUUCAUCACCUGCGGAAGCUCCACAUGGACUCUCCCACCUUCCUGGUGGGCUGCCUGGACCAGAUGCUCAGGUGCCUGAAGGCCCCCUUGGAGACCCUCUCCAUAACUCACUGCCGGCUUACAGAAUUGGACUUGGCCUGCCUGUCCCAGUGCCUAAGCAUCAGUCAGCUAAAGGAGCUGGCUCUGAAUGGUGUCAAGCUGACUUCUUUUAGUCUGAAGCACCUCCAAGUUCUGCUCGAUACAGUGGCAGCCACCCUCCAGGACCUGGAAUUAGAAUACUGUGACCUCUCAGAUGCCCACCUGGAGGCCAUCCUGCCGGCCGUGAGCCGCUGUCACCAGCUCCGGGCUUUCAGUAUCCGCGGGAACCCCCUCUCCAUGGCCAUCGUGGGGCGGCUGCUGCACCAAACCACCAGGCUGCGCCGCCUGAGCCUCGAGGUGUAUCCCGCUCCUCUGGAGAGUUACGACAGUCGGGGAACUAUCCACCUGGGGAGGCUUGCCCAGGCUCAGGCUGAGCUACGGGAGAUUCUGAAGGACUUAGGACGGUCCAGGACCAUCUGGCUUAGCACCGGCUCCUGCCCUCGCUGUGGCAGCAACGUGGUCUGUGUUUCAGUCCCCCUUACACACCCCAUUAAUGGCCUGACGAGUUGA